UAAACUCUUACGGUCUUAUUCAUAAUCAUUUUUCACAUUUUAUCAAAUGCUUAUUAGAGGUUUAUAAAACGUUUGAUAAAAAUUGUUAUUCAUAAUCGUCAUUUAGCGCUAAAAUCCUCUUAUAACUGUGUGAUAAGUUAUCGAGAGCUCGGGCCUUGUUUAAAGCUCUAAUAAACCUAUUUUAACCUAACUUUUAUAAAUGUCAUUUCAUAUGAAUGUCACUUCGUUGGUUUAUUUAUUCAAAAUAUCCUUGCUGUGAUCCUUGCUUGUGAAAAUGAAUGCUAUAAAUGCAAUUGUGCAUUUAGCCAAUAAUGCCGACCCAGCGCGACGUAGAAAGCUCUACCGCCAACGAAGCAACCCAUUCGAUUUGCGGGACCUAAAUUUUAAAAUAAAAUAUAGGUUCAAUAAGGACACAGUGCGCACCAUCAUAGAUUUGGUGGAAGAUGAUCUGGUUCAGAGCGCUAGAGGUGGUGGCACGUGUCCUGAACUGCAAGUUUUAGUGGCCAUAAGAUGUUGGGGACGUCGUGAGGUACAAGAUGAUGCUGGUGACCUCCAUGGCCUAAGUCAGCCGACAGUGAGCCGGAUAUGCGCCAGAGUCGCGCAUGCAAUCGCGAAUAAGGCAAAUUCCUUCAUCAAAAUGCCUAUCACUAUAGGAGAGCAGGAAAGAAUUAGUGCCAAAUUUAGAGCAAUUAAAAAUUUUCCUGGGGUGAUAGGAGCCAUAGAUUGCACCCACAUUAAAAUUAAAAAAACCGGAGGUGACAUGGCCCAGUACUAUAUUAAUAGAAAAGGCUAUUAUUCCCUGAAUGUUCAGGUUGUCUGUGAUGCUGACCUCAAAAUAAUGGAUAUAGUGGCUAGAUGGCGAGGCAGUACACAUGACAGUCGAAUUUUUAUGGAGAGCAAUAUAAAACAACGAUUUGAGGAUAGGCAGUUUAGAGGACGCCUUAUUGGCGAUUCGGGCUACCCUCUUCUGCCAUAUCUAUUUACACCUAUUUUAAGGCCUAGUCGUCCAGAAGAAGAAGCAUACAAUAAUGCUCACAUCUCAACUAGGAACACUGUUGAAAGGUGUUUUGGGGUGUGGAAGCAGCGGUUCCAAUGCCUACUCCAUGGCUUACCAGUAAGCCUCCAAAAUGGAAAAGCUGUGAUCAUAGCAUUGGCUGUAUUACAUAAUAUAGCCAUUGAUAUGAAUGACACAUUGUUAGAACAACAUAUGGAGCAGGUCCCUGUAACUCCGCAACUUUCGACGGAGAACAGUGUUCACGACAACCGACCUUCAUUGUUGAGGCAUACUGUUCCUGGCAUCUUAAUGAAAAUAAAAAGAAUAUUUGAUUGA